AUGGCUGGAAAGGAUGUUGCUUCCAUGUUUGCCGUUGCUCUCUUCAUCGGAGCAUUCGUUUCUGUUCCUACAAGUGUGCAAUCCAUCGGCGUGUGCUACGGCGUGAUCGCCAACAACCUCCCGCCGGCGAACGACGUGGUGCAGCUCUACAGGUCCAAGGGCAUCACCGGCAUGCGCAUCUACUUCGCCGACGCCAAGGCCCUCUCCGCGCUCCGUAACUCCGGCAUCAGCCUCAUCCUCGACGUCGGCAACGACCAGCUCGCCAGCCUCGCCGCCAGCACCUCCAACGCGGCGUCCUGGGUGCAGAAAAACGUCCGGCCAUACUACCCGGCCGUGAACAUCAAGUACAUCGCCGCCGGUAACGAGGUCCAGGGAGGCGCCACCCAGAGCAUCGUGCCGGCCAUGCGGAACCUCAACGCGGCUCUCUCCGCCGCUGGGCUCGGCGCCAUCAAGGUGUCCACCUCCAUCCGGUUCGACGAGGUGGCCAAGUCCUUCCCGCCCUCCGAGGGCGUGUUCGCGAAUGCCUACAUGACGGACGUGGCCCGGCUCCUGGCGAGCACCGGCGCGCCGCUGCUGGCCAACGUGUACCCCUACUUCGCCUACAAGCGCGACCCGCAGAACAUCAAGCUCAACUACGCCACGUUCCGGCCGGGACCCACGGUGCGGGACGACAAGAACGGGCUGACCUACACGUGCCUGUUCGACGCGAUGGUGGACGCCGUGGUCGCCGCCCUGGAGAAGGCCGGGGCGCCGGGGGUGAGGGUGGUGGUGUCGGAGAGCGGGUGGCCGUCGGCGAGCGGGUUCGCUGCGACGGCGGACAACGCGAGAGCCUACAACCAGGGACUGAUCGACCACGUCGGCGGGGGCACGCCCAAGAGGCGUGGCGCGCUGGAGACGUACAUCUUCGGCAUGUUCAACGAAAACUUCAAGAGAGGGGAGCUCGUGGAGAAGCACUUCGGGCUGUUCAACCCGGACAAGUCGCCGGCGUACCCCAUCCAGUUCAAGUGA